CCAACAUCCACUUCCGGAAUGUAGCGAAACAAAAUAAUAAAGAUGGUUGGAAGAUUCCCUUCCUAGCCCUAAGAAAAAGCGUCACGUCUCUGUAUCUUCGAACGAAGCAUGCUGAUAUUGUGAUUGUCAUGGUGGAAAAUUCUCCCUCCCCCCUGCCAGAAAGAGCCAUCUACGGCUUUGUUCUGUUCCUUGGCUCACAAUUUGGCUUCUUUUUGUAUUUGGUGUGGGCCUAUGUACCAGAUGAAUGGCUUCAUUCAAUAGGGCUUACUUACUGGCCUCAAAAGUAUUGGGCUGUUGCUGUGCCAAUCUAUCUGCUGGCUGCAGUAGUAGUCUGUAUAGUCAUGUUGUUUGGGGUGAACAUGAUUAACACUGCUCCACUCAGCUCAGUGGACAACAUAACAGAUGUCUAUGCCAGAGGUCAGCGGAUAGAUGACUGCCAGAAGAGGGCCAUACCCAGAUUAAAGGAUGUUUCCAUCAGUGAAGUGAACAGAAUUUUUUAUUUAUCACCUCAAUGACAACCAGAAUUGUCCCAAAGUGAAUACGGGACCAGGAAGUAUUGCAUUACCUCAGUGAGGAUGCUGACUAAGAAAAUUAACAAAUAGCUGAUUGAUGCAGUGUUUUAUAUGCACUGCAGAGAUAAUUGCUUGAUGGAAAAGUGUUUUUAGUAUUUGUCAAGAGCUACAGUUGUUUUUCCCCUAUUGUAAAUGUCUUUAAAAUUAUUUCCUUUUUUUUAAUUGGAAUUUUCAUUUUGUGGUAUAAAUGAUUUUUUGGUCUGGAUUCACAAGUCGUCUGAAAAAUAAAUCUCAGAAGCUCCUCGAGCGUUCCGUAGAAAGUU